CUCGGCCAAAUACAUCAAAAUCACUGGAAACUUUGAAAAAUCUGGAUACAGUCGAGUGUGAGAGAGCUAUUUAUAAUGACUGUUUUUCCUUCAAAAUUGGGAACCAAAAUCCCACAAACUUUGUUCUUUGCCAACAAGAACAACGAUUCUCUAAAACCCCAUGUAAAAUUCUUGGUUUCCUUUCAUAGUCGCAAUUACCCAAAAUCCAGAACCUCCAUUUGCUGUCUAAAUACAUCUGAUCGAAAACCCCACGUUUCUGACGAAAUGGAGAAGAACGGCAAUUGGGUGUCGACUGAAUCACACCCAGAUGAGAAAUACAGUAAAGAAUUAGAAAUUGCUGUGAAAGCCGUUCAUGUUGCUUGUUUGUUAUGCCAGAAAGUUCAAGAAAAUUUGAUCUUCAAUGGAAAUGGAGAUGUUCAAGCCAAAGACGAUAAUUCCCCUGUCACGAUUGCUGAUUGGAGCGUGCAAGCAACCGUUAGCUGGAUAUUAUCCCAAGCAUUCGGACCGGAAAACGUAUCAAUCGUUGCAGAAGAAGACAUCGAAGCCCUCUCAAAACCUAACGCCGCCAGCCUCCUCUCAUCCAUAGUCACAACCGUCAACGACUCCCUAUCCACCGCCGCCACUUUCAACCUCCAACCGCCACCAACACCUCUCAAAACCACCCAAGUCCUCGAAGCAAUUAGCCGCUGCAACUCCACAGGCGGGCCCACUGGUCGAUUCUGGGUACUUGACCCGGUCGACGGGACCCUAGGAUUUGUACGCGGAGACCAGUACGCGAUUGCUCUAGCCUUAAUUGAAAACGGGCAGGUGGUACUCGGGGUUCUUGGGUGCCCGAACUACCCGUUGAAUAAGGAGUGGUUAAAUUACCAAAAUGGUUAUCGGAGGAUGCUUUCGAGAUUGACUAAAACGGGGUUGGAUAGUUGGGAUGGGAAAGGGUGUGUGCUUUAUGCAAAGAAAGGGAGUAAGAAAGCGUGGAUGCAACCGUUGGUGAGUGGAGAUAAAAGUUUUUUGUGGCCGAAUUCUGCAAGGCCGGUCACGGUGUCGAGUAUUGAUAAUCCCGUUUUGGCUACGUUUUGUGAGCCUGUGGAGAAGGCGAACUCGAGCCACUCGUUUACUCAAGGGUUGGCUCAUAGUGUUGGGCUUAGGAACCAACCAUUACGAGUAUACAGUAUGGUGAAAUACGCCGCCAUCGCUCGUGGAGACGCAGAGAUAUUCAUGAAGUUCGCAAGAGCCGGUUAUAAGGAGAAGAUAUGGGACCAUGCCGCCGGAGUUGUCAUCAUUGAAGAAGCCGGCGGAGUCGUCACCGACGCCGGAGGUCAGCGACUCGACUUUUCUAAAGGUAUGUACUUGCAAGGACUAGAUCGAGGUAUAAUCGCAUGUGCUGGCGCCUCCCUACAUGAGAAAAUCAUGAGAGCAGUUGAUGCCAGCUGGAACUCUUCUAGCCUUUGAUCCAUCACAUAAUAUCUUAAUAUCCGCCGUUGGAUUUUGUAUGAUAUGUUUUUAGAGUACAGAAGGGGAGAAAAUAUUUGUUCUAGUAAAAUAAAUUUUCAUCACGAUAUCAUUAAGUACUCAAGUAACUUAUUUGACCAAAUAAAGAAAAGUAGGAACUGAAUAUAAGAUAUAAUGGUCAAAUAAAUAACUUUUGUAAUACAGUGAUCAAGUUUUUUGCUUGAUAGUGUCGUACCAAAAUAAUGUUGUUUUGUGAAAUGCAUGAAGGCUUUUUGUGGGUU